CUGGGGUUCAACCCGGAAGUUCAACGGUUGGCGCUCGGCAAGAAGUGGCAGUGGUUAUUGUUUAUCUGUAGCGAUGGCAGCGCGCACUCACGACAACUGGACCGACCCGGAGGUGCAGACCUUCCUGGCGAUCAUCGGAGAGAGAGACGUGCAGACGGAGCUGGACGCCACGACGAGGAACGAGAGAGUGUUCCGCCUGGUGUCGGAGCGCAUGGCCGCGCAGGGGUUCCGCCGGACCGUCCAGCAGUGCAGGAUCAAAUGCAAGAAGCUCAAGUUCGACUACAGAAGGAUCAAGGAGCACAACAGCAGGGGCGAAGAGGACCAGAGGUUCUGGAAGUGGUUCGACAUCAUGGACGACAUCUACGGACACAAACUGGUGGCGGGGGAUGCGGUGGUGAUGGAGCCCCCCGGUGGCUCAGUUGGUAGAGCGUUCGCCCAUGAACCUGAAGAUAAGCCCACGUGUAGCUGGUCCAAGAUUGAGGUCCACGCACUGUUAGAUUAUUGGGCAAAUCCUGCCAUUCAGCAAGAGCUACGCCGCAAAGUGAGAAACAACGUCAUUUACAACUGCCUCAGCGCCAAACUGGCAACGCUUGGAUCUGACAAGACACCCCAGAAGUGCAAGGAAAAGAUAAAAAAACUGAAGCAGGACUACAGGAGAAUCAAGAGCAGCCAACAAUCGAGUGUGAGCAGGACGGCGUGGUUUCACAUUAUUGACAGAGUCCUCGGUUCUGAGCCUGAAGAAUCCAAACAUCCAGAAACUGCAGAGUCUUUGUCGGCAGAGUGCAGUCAGUCAGUUAUAUUUGACAUGGACUCCGAUGAUCUGUCGGCCACCACAAACACCGCUGAAGCCUUCACUCCGCCUGACCUCACACUUCCCACGAACGACCAAAGCGAACAAGAUUUCUUCAUGAUUAAACUAGGCGACUGUGAUGGUCCUUCUUCGAGCAGCACAUCGGCCGCUGCUGAAGACCAAAAACCGGUCUUGUUGACAUCCAGCCCUGGGGGAAGGAGGAAAUGUCUGCGCACGUGUAGUUGGUCAAAGAGGGAGGUCCAUGCUCUUUUGGCUCACUGGGCGAAUCCUGCCAUUCAGCAAGAGCUACGCCGCAAUGUGAGAAACGAGGUCGUUUACAACUGUCUCAGCGCCAAACUGACCACGCUUGGGUUCAACAAAACGGCCCAGAAGUGCAAAGAGAAAAUCAAAAAGCUGAAGCAGGACUACAGGAAAAUCAAGAACGGCCAACAGCCGGGGGUGAGCAGGACGGCGUGGUUUGAGAUCAUGGAUGAAGUCCUCGGUUCUCCAUGUGCGGCGGCUUCCAUCUGUUCUGAAAUGGCAGACUUGUCUUCAGCGGAGUUCAGUCAAUCGGUCAUGUUUGAUGUCGGAGCUGAUGACAUUUGUCCAGACGAAACCUUCUGGCUGCCUGAUGAAGUUCAGGUGCUCAUAACUCUCUGGGCGCAACCAAACAUCCAGAAGCAGCUUCUUACCUCCGAAACCAACAGCCAAGUGUUCACGUACCUCAGCAAUGAGCUAGCGCUGGUGGGCUUCAACAAAACACCGCAGGAGUGCUGCCUGAAAGUGAAUGAACUUAAAGAGGAGUACAAAGUAAUCAGACAUGCACAACCACAUAGAGAAGAUAAGAGCGACUGGUUUGCUAUCAUGGAAAGUGUCCUUCACCCAGAUAGAAAACCCCCCAUAGAGUUGGAUUCAUCUUAUGUCUCCGCUGCUCCUAAAUCACCAGAACACGCCACGCAACCUUUGUGGACAUCGGACGAAGUCAACAUUCUGCUCACACGAUGGGCCGAGGAGGAGGGAAGCAAGGGCCAGCUGAGAUCCGCUCAGGAGGACGAGAGGGUGUACGCUCGCCUGAGCUCGGAGCUCGCCACUCAAGGUUUUGAUAGGACCACCAGUCAGUGCAGAGCAAAAAUAAGCCUCCUGAAACAACAGUACAGAAGGAUUAAUAAGCAGAGAGACUCCAAAGAGCAAAUAAGAACAUGGUAUUUGAUCAUGGACAAAGUGCUUGGUCACAGCAGGCCAGACGAACAAGAGGAUGAGGUCGACGAGUCGGACGCCGUAUCCGUGCAGGCAUCUCAGGAAGUCCCGGCCGAAGACAUGAAAGGCUGCCGCUUGUCCAUCUCGUCGCUGUGCCUCCUGGUCCCCAGCCUGCGUCUGAUGUGUGCCUUCGCCUGGCAGGUGGUGCAGUGCUCCAACGUGCUGCAUUACGCAAAGGUGGAGGAGUUGGUGGAGUUGGUGACGGCGUUGGCUCCAGAGCUUCUGACCCCCAGAGAGAGAGUUCAGCUGCUGCUCAGGCUGAGGGCGAGGGUUGUGUUGGAGAUGUGCCGCAGUGAGAGCACAGCUGACCUGCUGCACGUCCAGCCCCACCUGAGCGUCAUUCAGGACCUCACAAUAACCUCUGGAUCGGAUCAGAGGGAGUUGGAGGAGUUGGAAAAUUCAAAGUUGAACUUUGUGGAGGUUAUUUACACAUUGUUGGAAAGCAAAGAGGAAAGGAGGCGGUUUUUCGAGGAGGUUUUCCCUGAUCACUACGGCCAGCAGUAUGAAGUCACACUGAAGACAUUAGUGUGGAAAUUCAUCUCCAGGUUUGACAGUCUGCUACCCAUCCCUGAUAUAAAACAGACUGCUGAGUGGCUCAGCAGCGCCCCAUCUGUCAUGGAGGAAUGUGGUCAACUGGUUUUACAACCUGAACAGCUGAAGGCGUUGCUGCGUUUCCAUGCAGAGCACUCGGGAUACACGGACAAUUGCUCCUCUUCAGCUCAGAGUAUGUUUUUGCCGACGCUGUCUCUUUAUCCCGACGCUAACUUGAAUCAUCUUGCCCCAGAGCAACAGAACAGACAGACGUCGACUCGCGAUGAAGAAGGAUCGUUUGAGUUUAUCAAAGAUGAAGACCAACUUGAUUUUGACCAAAUGGAGGAAAAAAUGACUCUGGACGACCUUGGGACGGGAAACGAGGAUGAACCGGGGUCUGAAAACGAGGAUUCGAGUUCUAUACGACGGCACCAGUGCUCCAUGUGCUCCUACUCGGACAGCCAGGUGUCAGGACUCCUCGAUCACAUUCGAACGGAGCAUCUGAGCCAGGAACCCAAAGAAGAAGACGGUUACCUUCAGGAAGGCAACCCUCAAACGUGCUUUCCCGAGCUGGGGGGAACAACAGACGAGUUUUGCACGGAGCUCUUUAAAGACGUAGUAGCUCCUAACAGCCGCAGACGCAGUCCACGUUACCAAUGCGACAAGUGUGAGAAGAAGUAUUUCUCCAGGGCCUCCCUGAUCGUGCACUAUCGAACCCACACGGGCGAGACUCCGUUCUUGUGUUCUUACUGUGGCCAAGGAUUCAGGACUUCCUCCAACCUGGAGCUGCACCUCCGCAUCCACACGGGGGAGCGCCGCUACACCUGUCACAUCUGCGGAAAGACUUCAAACCAGAGCCUGAUGAGGCACAUGCGCAUGCACAGAGGGGAGAGGAACUUCCUGUGCACAGAGUGCGGGAAGUCUUUCCUCUCCGUCGCGGAGCUGAGGCUUCACAUGCGCUACCACAUGCGAGGGAAGCGCUACAAGUGCAAACAAUGUGCCAAAGGUUUCAUUACAAAAAGCAGUCUGACGAUUCACAUGCGGCAGCACGCGGGAGAGAGGCCUUACAGCUGCUCUCUGUGCCCCAAGUCUUUUAGGACUGUGCAGGAGCAGAAAAAGCACCUCAAGAUCCACUCGAACAAGAAGAUCUUCCCGUGUUCCAAGUGUGGAAAAAUAUUCAGGAAAGAGGACAAUUUUAAAUUGCAUCUUGAAACACAUGAUUUGAUAUAACAUUUUAUGAACAUUUUAUGGCUUCCUGGAUGGAAAGUUUUAAAAAUUGCCAGUAUGUUGUUUUUUUCAUAUUUGGAUGGUUGAUAUCAGCCCUUCUGAUGUAAACAUGUUCAUGUUAACUUAAAGUCCACGGUUGCAGUCUGCAGUACAGUUAAAGGAGCUUGAGGCAGGAUUUAUGAAAAAAAUGCGUAUACGUUUUAAGUCGUCUUGUAAUAAUGUCAGAUGAAGCGUUCCAAACCAAAAUGAAUGAGCCCUCUAGUAUAUCUGUCCGUUGCCUUGAACAGGCUGUGUGCUGCAAAAUGUGCUGCAAUUCCGGACCGGAAUUUCCCGCGCUGUCCUGCGGAUGUGACGUCACAUGACGCUGCAUGCGCGUUCUCCGCGUUCUCCCCGUUCUCCCGUGCCGGCUUCACUGUUGGCUGCAGUACCCCCAACGGCCGUCGUAGCGCUAAGUCUCAUUUCUUAUUCUUGCCUCAAGCUCCUUUAACAGUUAACUUUUGACUAUGAAAAGCUUCACUUCAGUGUUUUGUUUUUUUAAAUUCACCCAAAUUUCAUUUGAUAUAAUGUAUUUUGCCAUGUUUUGAAAAGGACUUUAGUCUGUAGUAGUUGGAUGUUUGUGGCAUGAAAAGUCACUUGAUGUUGAGAAAUAUCACCUCUUUUUGGCCUCCGCUGCAUAAAUGUUACUGUAAUAUGUUACACCCAUUCAUGUUCAACACAAGUUCCUCGUUUAAAUCAUGUGAUUGUCAUGAAGAUCUCCUGCAUUCAAUCAU